AUCGCCAACCAAGACGAUGCUGGAGUUCCCGGAAGAGUUCGAGUUGCCUUGAGACUUCGACCUCGCAAUGCAGAAGAGUCAGUAGCAGACGCAGAUUUCGCUGAUUGUGUUGAAUUGCAGCCAGAGGUUAAAAGGUUAAAACUUCGCAAAAACAAUUGGGAUUCAGACACCUAUGAGUUCGAUGAAGUACUCACAGAAUUUGCCUCACAAAAACGUGUUUAUGAAGUUGUCGCUAAACCAGUUGUUGAGAGUGUCCUAGAGGGAUAUAAUGGCACAAUCAUGGCUUACGGGCAAACUGGCACUGGGAAGACUUUUACUCUUGGAAGCCUUGGCGAAGAAGACUCCGCUGCUCGGGGGAUUAUGGUCCGUGCAAUGGAAGAUAUCCUUGCAUAUGUAUCUCCAGAUGCUGAUUCUGUUUCUGUAUCCUACUUGCAGCUCUAUAUGGAAACAAUUCAAGACCUUCUUUACCCUGGAAAUGACAAUAUUGCUAUAGUAGAAGAUCCAAAGACAGGAGACGUGUCAGUACCUGGGGCAACUGUGGUAGAAAUUAGAGAUCAGAUGAGUUUUGUGGAGCUUCUACGGUUAGGGGAAGCUCAUCGCUUUGCCGCGAAUACGAAGCUAAAUACGGAGUCAUCUCGCAGUCAUGCUAUUCUCAUGGUGCAUGUUAAAAGGUCUAUCAAAGGAAGGCAUGAUAGUGAAGUUGACUUUUCUAGACAAAAUGGCAAUGCAUCAUCCAUGGUGUCUUUAAAGCCACCUAUUGUUACGAAAAGCAAGCUAGUUGUUGUGGAUCUUGCAGGUUCAGAGCGUAUAGAUAAGUCAGGAAGCGAGGGGCAUACUCUAGAAGAAGCAAAAUCUAUUAAUCUGUCACUGAGUGCAUUAGGCAAAUGCAUUAAUGCAUUAGCUGAGAAUAGUUCACAUGUUCCUUUUCGUGAUUCGAAGCUUACGAGGUUGCUUCGAGAUUCAUUUGGAGGUACCGCAAGAACAUCAUUGAUUGUGACAAUUGGCCCAUCUCCACGUCAUCGGGGGGAAACCUCAAGUACCAUAAUGUUUGGGCAAAGAGCGAUGAAAGUGGAAAACAUGGUAAAACUAAAGGAGGAAUUUGACUACAAAAGCCUAUGCAGAAGGCUUGACAUUGAAAUAGAUAAGCUACUUGCUGAAAAUGAACGACAGAGGAAAGAUUUUGAAGAUGAGAUUAAGAGAAUACAAUUAGAAGCACAAUGUCGUAUUGCUGCGGCCGAUAAAAACUAUAUGAAUUCUCUAGAGAAUGAGAGAAUCAAGUACCAAAAAGAUUACAUGGAUUCCAUCAAGAAACUUGAAGAGAAGUGGAUGAUGAAUCAACAAAUUAGUAAUAAUGGGAAUUUGAGAGCUGGUAAUGACGAACAAUGUUUGGAGGAACCCUGCAGCAGAGAGUCCCUGAUUGCAUCAAGCUCAGCUGAAAUCAAUGAGGCCAGUCAGAAGGAACUCAUUGAGAACGAAAGGCAGUCUGAUGAAGAUGAGGUUUCCCAUCUUAAGAGUCAAGUGUUGCACUGGAAAAGGAUGGAGGAAGUUGCAAAUUCUGAGGUCAUAAAGCUUCGCAAGAUGCUAGAGAAUGAAGCCGAUCAGAAAGAGAAGCUAGAAGAAGAAAUAUCAGAACUGAAAAGUCAUUUGCUGCAGUUGAGCUUCGAAGCUGAUGAGACUCGGAGGAGUCUUGACAGAAGUGAACCUGGGAAAAUCUUUACUGGGUUAGACUCUCUUGUGUCCCAAACUAGGAAUUCGCAACUUAGAGACUCGGGAAACGAACCGAAGGCAUCAGUUGCUAAACUCUUUGAACAAGUGGGUUUGCAAAAAAUUUUGUCAUUGCUUGAAUCUGAGGAUGUUGAUGUACGUAUUCAUGCAGUGAAAGUGGUCGCCAACCUUGCGGCAGAAGAAGCAAAUCAGCAGAAGAUUGUAGAAGCUGGGGGUCUAACUUCACUACUGAUGCUUCUCAGAAGCUCUGAGGAUGAAACUAUACGAAGAGUAGCUGCUGGAGCAAUUGCCAAUCUUGCAAUGAACGAGACGAAUCAAGAGCUUAUAAUGUCUCAAGAUGGUAUUAGUUUAUUAUCAGCAACUGCAGCUGAUGCUGAAGACCCACAAACACUACGUAUGGUCGCUGGAGCUAUUGCUAACUUAUGCGGCAAUGAUAAACUGCAAGGAAGAUUGAGAGCUGAAGGUGGCAUUAAAGCAUUAUUAGGAGCUGUUAGAUGUAAACAUCCUGAUGUUCUGGCUCAAGUAGCACGAGGCAUUGCAAACUUUGCUAAGUGUGAGUCUAGGGCUUCUACAAAUGGAAACAAGAUAGGAAAAUCUCUCUUGAUUGAAGACGGAGCACUUCCUUGGAUUGUAAAAAAUGCUAACAAUGAAGCUUCACCAAUCAGACGACACAUUGAGCUUGCAUUAUGCCACUUAGCGCAGCAUGAAGUAAAUGCAAAGGAUAUGAUCAGUGAGGGUGCUUUGUGGGAGCUGGUUCGCAUCUCACGAGAUUGCUCUCGAGAAGAUAUUAGGGCAUUGGCACACCGAACUCUAACUUCCAGCAGUGUUUUCCUUGCUGAAUUAAAGCGUUUGCGUAUAGAAUUCUGAUAUGUGCAGAUUGAAGCUGUAUGGAUAGAUUUUGAAGAAAUUUGACCCGAAGAAGGUAUCAGUUCAUUAUACGAUAAUCUUAAGAGCUGACAAUUCAGAGGUUUCUAGUCCUCAUGCUAUCGUGCCAAACCCAGUACAAGGUCAACAUCAAGAACCCACACAAAUUAGUGAUCCCGGGAUUUUCACGGAUUAUAUCAACUGAUUUUCUAACAGGUUAUUUUUUGAUUUGCAAGUGCUUUCCAGCGAGACCCAUGGCUCCCUGCAGAGUUAUUGUAAAAGUGUGAAAAUGUAAGAUUGAUAAUGGCUGUAAUAUAUGUUUGGAUAGUGAACUGACUGUUGGAAGUUUUCAUAAUUUUGUCAGACCUUACCUGGGUGCUGUAUUCGUACCUUAGUUAUGUAUAUUACAGCUCUCUAAAAAUUUCCAAUAUUAUCUUUAACAUCUGA